CCUGGAGAUUUGGGGGUGCAGCCCGAGGCGGACAGGGUUUGGAGUAGGGAGACAACUCAGCAGGAUAUAAGGCCAUACAGGACACUCUCUGAAGCAGCCAUUUUCUACAGGGGAGGUUGCUGAUGCUGGAAUCUGGAGAUCCGCUGCAAUUCUGGGAGAUCUCCAAGUCCCACCUGGAAGCCUUCAUUCUUUGUGCAACGCUAUAUAUCAGUAUCCAGACCUGGAAGCCACAUAAGAUUGCCAGGUGCCUGCUUUCUCUGAGGAACUCCUGUAUUUUGGAGGCCUCUGGAAUACCUGGGUUCCGCUUCUCUCUGGUAAAAUCAGGGGAAGUAGCUGUGGAAACUCAAUCGGUGAGCAGCCACAAGGUCCCCGUAGAUGCCCGCAGUCGGAUAAAGGGCUUUUAAAGCUACCCAGGCUGUUGGGGGUGAACUAGAUAAGAAAGGUCAGCAGGGAACUUGACAAAUUCCCUGUGAACAGUUAGGAGACAGAAUGGGCACUGUGGCGAGUUGUAUUUCUAUUUACAUUGUCGUCAUCAUGUGCCUGUUUACUUCUAUGGAUGAAAAUUAGCAUCUGCAGGGUAUUUUUUCCCCCCUUCAAAUAUUGUCCUCUUUUGGAGGCCGUCCAAAGAUAAAAAGUUGUAAACAGCUGUACUGGCCCACAGCAUACCCAGAGGAAGAAAAAAAUCCCGUGUCAUACUUUUGUAUUAGGGCCAAUCCAAAUGACCCCAAAUUUUGUACAAGCUUUGAAGUUCCAGACUUCAUUUUUUAAACUGAAAUGUGCCUCCAUUGUUUACUUCUUCCCAGAAUGCAAGUGCUGGAAUCUAACACUUUCAACCAUUAGUUCUCUGUCAUCAUCCAACACUGCCAGAGCUGGCAUGAAAGACUGCCUUUAUUCUCAGUUUCUUUUUGGUAAUGUCUGUCUGAUGAAGAGCGCCAAGGAACCCAAAAGCUUGCACAACAUUUUGUGCCCUUUUGAUUGGUAUUGCACGGGUUUUCAUCGGUAGAUGGCCCACCUAAAACCACAUCUCUAUGCCAGUGGGUCCCCCAGAGGGGACAGAAGCUGUAUGGUUCCACCAGAUCUGCCAGGGAAAGUUCUGCAAAAGGCACUGUAUGUGUUUUCCGUAUGGGGUUCAACAUGGAAUGGGGAUACACUUAAUACUGGGUCCUCUUUGUGGCACUUAGGAGCAUUCCCAGUGCUUCUCAGUACUGCCACAAUUUGUGUCAGUACUAUGACCCCUUUGUUGUAGAUCGGGAGCUGAGGAUAACAACAAGUUCAAGGUUGAAGACUCAUCUCAGGGACUUUUCUACCUGGAAUGAUGGCUUCCGUUCUGAACCUAAGAUCCCUGCUGGAUAAGUUACCAUACUAUUGGUCUUUGAUAGAUCUGUCCAAUGUGAAUUUGUCUAAGACUUUAAAAAAAGAAUCUAAACAUUUAAGCCUUGUUCCUUAUGGCAACAAGCUGUGUGUUGUGUGAAAUAGCUCAAUUUUUUUUAAAAAACCCAAAUAUCUUACUCGAAGAUGGCACAAUCCUCAAUGAUUUUGUAACAUAGUAAAGAGUCCAGUAGCACCUUUAAGACUAACCAACUUUACUGUAGCAUAAGCUUUCAAGAAUCACAGUUCUUUUCAUCAGAUGCAUCUCACCAAAUGUGAUUGGCUGGGAGCACACUCUGCUGCACCCUUGCAACGAUCUGCUUGGAAGGGAGAAAUGCUAUUGGCCAGGAAAUCGGAGGCAUCAAUGACAAACACAAGUUUGUCCUGAACCAAUAAUGCCUUAACUGGACAUAAGCAAUCGUAGCUUUCCUUCCUCCCCCGAUCCAAAAUUAUAACAUUUUUCUCAAGGCACAAUAGUGACAGGCAUACGUAUUCUAAUGAUGGUUGCCCUGGGAGUCAUAAAUCUGUCUCCUGUAGACACCAAAGCUCACUCACUGUACAUUGUCUUGCUUAUAGGAUUCCUUGUAUCAUGGCUCUUUCCAUGAGAAGUAAUGAGAUUUGCUCAUCAGUAUUCCGAUGCCAUUUUCAGUCAGGCAUGGAAGAACUUGUGAGCUUUGCACAGAGUCUGAUAGAAGCCAGGACAGACUUGAGCGCGUGUCACAAAUUAAAGAGGCACAUUUUGAGCGCAUCACAAGAAAUGGACGAGGCCCUGGAAGAGCUUAAGGGAGGCCUGCAUACCACUGAUGCCAAAUCUGCCGAGCUGGUAGCACAGAAGAAACGCUUGGAGGAUGAGAGACAAGCACAGACCCAGCAACUGAGUAACUUAAGGCACCAACUGGACUCACACAGAAACCUGGAAAGCAAGUCCAGGGAGAUGCUGGAAGUGACUCGGAAGCAUCUUGAAGAAAUGCAGCGGCAGGUCUCAGAAAAGGAAAAGCAAAGAGAGAACAGUGAAAUGAUAGUAGGCAUCGGUGGUGGACUAAUGUUCAUCCCUGUUGUGGGAUGGAUUGCAGGUGGCAUCAUGAUUGGUUGUGGCCUGGCAGAUAUGGAGGCGGCAGAGAGAGCAAAGAAGGAUGCGGAAGCUGAAGUUAACCGCCAUUCAGCAGACAUUGACCGGCACACAACUGAAACCUACAGACUGCAGGCUCUGGAAAGAGAAGCUGAAUCAAAUAUUCAGACAAGUGAAAGGAGGCUCUCUUCCAUUCGGUCAGAACAACAACAGCUGGCUUCCCAGCAAGCAGAAGUAGUGCUCUUUCAGAACACCCUGAGAAAAUGUGUGACCUUCUUAGCUGUGUUGGCAGGGAAAGUAGACACAGCUGAAUUUUUAUGUAGGGAUGUUGUAAUCUACGAAGAGCUCGAAAGGAUUCUUGAAGACAUUCUCAAUCACGUGUUUCCCUUAAUGGGGCAGGGAAAGGAAACACGUCUGAUGGCCCUCUCCAGUGCAAACAUUCGACGGCUCAUUGAGAGGUUAAAAUCUGUUAGGGCAAUGCUCAGUUUACAUGCGCCACGGAAAGGACAUGCUAUAGACUUCUAGCCAGACACUCUCAAUUAAUGCAAAUGCCUGAGACAGAGAAAGCUUUUUAAUGUUCUUGCUUUUCAACCUUGUACUUGGGCAAUCUCUAGAUAUGAACUGCAUAUUCCACCCCACCCCCUUCACUGCCACUUUUUGUAUCAACACAAAACCAAAAGAGAGUUAUGGUAACAAGCCAACUGGAAAGUAGAAACCCACUGGAACUUACUAACAAAGAUAUCAAUUACACACACCGAAAUAUACAAAGUGAAUAUAACUAUGUAAGCCACAAAUUUUGACAAAUACACCCUUUUAAACAAAACGAACCAAUGUUGGCAAAGGUUCCAAUCUCAUGACACAAAGGACCUCUUAGAGCUAUAUAGGGACAAUAUGAAUUGAUGUACACUCAAAUAUUUUAUUUCUUCAGCGCAAUAAAAUUCUUUUCACUAAAUUUAUUUUUUUAAUUCUAUUCAAUUUAUAGUCUGCUUUUCCCGCAAGCAGGCUCAGAGCGGAUCACAGAAGGUAAUAAAUACAAUAAAACAGUGGCGCUCAUAUUGCACAUCCACAAAAAUUCUCAUGGCAAGGAUCAAUAAAGAAAAAGAACAUAAAUGGGACACAUCUGUAAAUCUCAAAACUGGGUGGGUUUGUGCUGUUGAUGAGUAAACAGACUCACGCCAAGAGACAUACUGGAACCCCAAAAGCCUCUAGUGGAAAAUGAGACUCGAGAACAGGGGUGGCCAAACUGCCACUCGGGAGCCACGUGGCUCUUCUAGACAUAUUGUGCAGCUCCCAGAGGUCUCGGAGUAUUGCCAUGGCCAUACGUUUUAGUUAAGUUUAUUUCCCUCCCUUCUUUCCUUGUCUUUCCCUCUGUUCCGUUCCUUCUUUCUUUCCAUGUCUUUAAUAUUUUCAAUAAAAAUGUUGGGGUUGCCAGGUCUGACUCAGAAAAUAUCUGGGGACUUUGGGGAGGGGGUGAAGCCUAGCAAGGAUGUCACAUCACUUUUGUGAUGUCACUUCCAAGUCAAAGGUCAUGUGAUGGCUCUUCCCAAGCUCGAACCCUUCUGAUGUCACUUCCAGCAUAUUUCACCAAAACUCCACCCCUUCCUGUGAUGUCACUUUCAGGACACUUCCACAAACUGACCUCUUCAUUUGAAGUCACUUCAAUGCAUCAUAUCCUGCGGCUCUCAAACAUCUGUUUAUUCUAUGUAGCUCUUACAUUAAGCAAGUUUGGCCACCCCUGCUCCAGAGCCUGCUUAAAAGGUCCAAGAUCUCAAAGGAGGCCAUCUGUUCCAUAGCUUGGAGGCCAUUACAGAGAAUGCCACCAGAGUGCAGGAAGCAGCGCCCCAAUGGUCAAAAGCUGAACAAAGAUUCUCGGUGCCUGAUCAUAAAGAUCAAGGAGGUAGAUUUGGGUGGAGAUGCUCCUUUGAGUAUUUGGGAAGCAGACAGUGAUGAGUGGGAUUCAAACCAGUAGAGAGUUGAUUUGCAGCCAAACCACUUACCCACUGUGCUACAGCAGCUUGGCAGGGGUCACAUUUACUUUUCGGUUUCUGUUGAAGAAAUUUAUUAAUACUAAGCAUUUUAAAACAUUUGUUAGUUGUGAUUAUUAAUUAUACUGUGACCCAUAGGGUUCCCAACUCCAGACUGGGAAAUUCCUGGAGAUUUGGGGGUGCAGCCUGAGGCGGACAGGGUUUGGAGUAGGGAGACAACUCAGCAGGAUAUAAGGCCAUACAGGACACUCUCUGAAGCAGCCAUUUUCUACAGGGGAGGUUGCUGAUGCUGGAAUCUGGAGAUCCGCUGCAAUUCUGGGAGAUCUCCAAGACCCACCUGGAAGCCUUCAUUCUUUGUGCAACGCUAUAUAUCAGUAUCCAGACCUGGAAGCCACAUAAGAUUGCCAGGUGCCUGCUUUCUCUGAGGAACUCCUGUAUUUUGGAGGCCUCUGGAAUACCUGGGUUCCGCUUCUCUCUGGUAAAAUCAGGGGAAGUAGCUGUGGAAACUCAAUCGGUGAGCAGCCACAAGGUCCCCGUAGAUGCCCGCAGUCGGAUAAAGGGCUUUUAAAGCUACCCAGGCUGUUGGGGGUGAGCUAGAUAAGAAAGGUCAGCAGGGAACCUGACAAAUUCCCUGUGAACAGUUAGGAGACAGAAUGGGCAUUGUGGCAAGCUGUAGGUCAUGGUACAAACACCGAGUCAUUACUGAUCCAUGGGGGAUGUCACAUCACGUUUUCUUGGCAGACUUUUUACGGGGUGGUUUGCCAUUGCCUUCCCGGGCAUCUACACUUUAUCCCCAGGGAACUUCCCAGAAUGCAAGUGCUGGAAUCGAAUACUUUCAACCAUCAGUUCUCUGUCAUCAUCCAACUCUGCCAGAGCUGGCAUGAAAGACUGCCUUUAUUCUCCUUGAUUUUUUGGUAAUGUCUGUCUGAUGAAGAGCUCCAAAGAACCCAAAAGCUUGCACAACAUUUUGUGCCCUUUUGAUUGGCCCCAAUAAAAAGGUAUUGCACAGGUUUUCAUCGGUAGAUGGCCCACCUAAAACCACAUCUCUAUGCCAGUGGGUCCCCCAGAGGGGACAGAAGCUGUAUGGUUCCACCAGAUCUGCCAGGGAAAGUUCUGCAAAAGGCACUGUAUGUGUUUUCCGUAUGGGGUUCAACAUGGAAUGGGGAUACACUGAAUACUGGGGCCUCUUUGUGGCACUUAGGAGCAUUCCCAGUACUUCUCAGUACUGCCACAAUUUGUGUCAGUACUAUGACCCCUUUGUUGUGGAUCGGGAGCCGAGGAUGACAACAAGUUCAAGGUUGAAGACUCAUCUCAGGGACUUUUCUACCUGGAAUGAUGGCUUCUGUUCUGAACCUAAGAUCCUUGCUGGAUAAGUUACCAUACUAUUGGUCUUUGAUAGAUCUGUCCAAUGUGAAUUUGUCUAAGGCUUUAAAAACAGAAUCUAAACAUCUAAGCCUUGCACCUUAUGGCAAUCAGUUGUGUGUUGUGUGAAAUAGCACGUAUUUUUUUAAAAAACGCAAACAUCUUACUCGAAGAUGGCACAAAUCCUCAAUGAUUUUGUAACAUAGUAAAGAGUCCAGUAGCACCUUUUAAGACUAACCAACUUUACUGUAGCAUAAGCUUUCAAGAACCGCAGUUCUCUUUGUCAGAUGCAUCGUCAGAUGCAGGAUGGGAGCAGGUGGCAAUGCCCACUGCCCGCCUUCACCCACCUGGUAUUAGGAGCGGAACAGGUGGCAAUGACUGACCCCGCUUCAUCCAGCUGGGAUCAGGAGCGGAGCAGGUGACAAUGUCUGCCCCCCACGUUCACCCAGAUGGAAUCAGAAGCAGAACCGGUGGCAAUGCUCGCACCCCCUUCACCCAGCUGGGAUCAGGCUCAGUGCCUACCCCCUUUAUCCAAUCGUGAUCAGGUGCAGAGCAGGAGGCAAUGCCUGUUUCCCCUUCACCCAGUUGCGAUGCCCAUCCUCCUUUACCUGGCUGGUAUCAGGCGUGGAGCAGGUAACAAAGUCCACCACCCCUUCACCUGGUCGAGAUCAUGCAUGGAACAGGUGAUAAUGCCCACCCCCUUCCCUCACCAGCUGAGAUUAGUGACGAUGGAGGAGGGAAUGCUUACCUGCCCACCCUCCCCUUUCUAAAGCCCCUUGUAUUUUUUCCCCAAUAGGUUUUGUUGCUAGUGCUACCAUAAAUUGGUUAGUCUUAAAGGUGCUACUGAACCCUUUAAUAUUUUGCAACUACAGACUAACAUGGCUAACUCCUCUGGAUCUGUGCAAAUUUGGUGCCCUUACCUUUAUGAACAUCUGCUCCAGACCCUUAUAUACAUUCCCCAUUGAAAGUAAUGGUCCCAAACUCUGGAAUCUACAAAAACAUGGAUUUCAAUCCCGAACCAAUAAUGCCUUAACUGGACAUAAGCAAUCAUUGCCUUCCUUCCUCCCCCGAUCCAAAAUUAUAACAUUUUUCUCAAGGCACAUCAGUGACAGGCAUACGUAUUCUAAUGAUGGUUGCCCAGGGAGUCAUAAAUCUGUCUCCUGUAGACACCAAAGCUCACUGUACAUUUGUCUUGCUUAUAGGAUUCCUUGUAUCAUGGCUCUUUCCAUGGGAAGUAAUGAGAUUUGCUCAUCAGUAUUCCGCCGCCAUUUUCAGUCAGGCAUGGAAGAACUUGUGAGCUUUGCACAGAGUCUGAUAGAAGCCAGGACAGACUUGAGCGCGUGUCACAAAAUGAAGAGGCACAUUUUGAGCGUAUCACAAGAAAUGGACGAGGCUCUGGAAGAGCUCAAGGGAGGCCUGCGUACCAUUGAUGCCAAAUCUGUCGAGCUGGUAGCACAGAGGAAACGCUUGGAGGAUGAGAGACAAGCACAGACCCAGCAGCUGAAGAACUUAAGACACCAACUGGACUCCCACAGAAACCUGGAAAGCAAGUCCAGGGAGAUGCUGGACAUGGCUCGGAAGCAUCUUGAAGAAAUGCAGCGGCAGGUCUCAGAAAAGGAAAAGUUAAUAAGGUACAAUGAUAUGAUAGCAGACAUCGGCGUUGGACUAAUGGUAAUCCCUGUUACGGGAUGGAUUGCAGGUGGCGUCUUGGUUGGUUUUGGCCUGGCAGAUAUGGAGGAGGCAGAGAGAGCAAAGAGGGAUGCGGAAGCUGAAGUUAACCGCCAUUCAGCAGACGUUGACCGGCACGCAACUGAAACCAACAGACUGCAGGCUCUGGAAAGAAAAGCUGAAUCAAAUAUUCAGAAGGGUAAAAGGAGGCUCUCUUCCAUUCGGUCAGAAAAACAACAGCUGGCUUCCCAGCAAGCAGAAGUAGUGCUCUUUCAGAACACCCUGAGAAAAUGUGUGACCUUCUUAGCUGUGUUGGCAGGGAAAACAGACACGGCUGAAUUUUUAUGUACGGAUGUUGUAAUCUACGAAGAGCUCGAAAGGAUUCUUGAAGAAAUUCUCAAUCACGUAUUUCCCUUAAUGGGGCAGGGAAAGGAAACACAUCUGAUGGCCCUCUCCAGUGCAAACAUUCGAUGGCUCAUUGAGAGGUUAAAAUCUGUUAGGGGAAUGCUCAGUUUACAUGCGCCACGGAAAGGACAUGCUAUAGACUUCUAGCCAGACACUCUCAAUUAAUGCAAAUGCCUGAGACAGAGAAAGCUUUUUAAUGUUCUUGCUUUUCAACCUUGUACUUGGGCAAUCACUAGAUUUGUACUGCAUAUUCCACCCCCCCCCCUUCACUGCCACUUUUUGUAUCAACACAAAACCAAAAGAGAGUUAUGGUAACAAGCCAACUGGAAAGUAGAAACCCACUGGAACUUACUAACAAAGAUAUCAAUUACACACACCGAAAUAUACAAAGUGAAUAUAACUAUGUAAGCCACAAAUUUUGACAAAUACACCCUUUUAAACAAAACGAACCAAUGUUGGCAAAGGUUCCAAUCUCAUGACACAAAGGACCUCUUAGAGCUAUAUAGGGAUAAUAUGAAUUGAUGUACACUCAAAUAUUUUAUUUCUUCAGCGCAAUAAAAUUCUUUUCACUAAAUUUAUUUUUUUAAUUCUAUUCAAUUUAUAGUCUGCUUUUCCCGCAAGCAGGCUCAGAGCGGAUCACAGAAGGUAAUAAAUACAAUAAAACAGUGGCGCCCAUACUGCACAUCCACAAAAAUUCUC